UUUGUGAAGCUAGCAUUUGCAUUGAUCUUCUCAUCUUUCUCUCUCUGUCUCUGUCUCUCUCUCUCUCUCAUUCUCUCUUAAAACCCACGUCCGUGCCCUUGAAGCUAAGGAACAGUGCAACCAAAGACUCCUCCAAGCUGUCUGGUUUCCUGUGUAGUUCUUUGUCUGCUUUCCUUUGUCCUUUGAGAGAUUUCAUCUUGCGUACCACAAAAGUUAGCAGAGUCAAAACCCUGCAGACAGUACAAAAUGAUGCCAAGCAAUGGACAGUUAACAGUUCCUCCUGGCUUCAGGUUCCACCCUACCGAUGAAGAGCUUCUCUACUAUUACCUGAGGAAGAAAGUUUCUUAUGAAGCCAUUGAUCUUGAUGUCAUAAGAGAAGUGGAUCUCAACAAACUUGAGCCUUGGGACCUCAAAGACAAAUGUAGGAUUGGGUCAGGGCCUCAGAAUGAGUGGUACUUCUUCAGCCACAAGGAUAAGAAAUACCCAACAGGAACAAGAACAAAUCGAGCAACUACAGCAGGAUUUUGGAAAGCAACUGGAAGAGACAAGGCCAUAUACCACACUAAUUCCAAGAGGAUUGGCAUGAGGAAAACCCUAGUUUUCUACACUGGUCGUGCUCCUCAUGGCCAGAAGACUGAUUGGAUCAUGCAUGAGUAUCGCCUUGAUGAAGAUGAUGCUGAUGUUCAGCAGGAAGAUGGGUGGGUGGUAUGCAGGGUUUUCAAAAAGAAAAACCAAAAUCGAGGUUUCCAGCAAGAAAUUGAAGAAGAAGAGAACUUAACCCACAUGAGAACAAGUGGUCCUUGCCAUGUUCUGGAGCCAAAACAUCAUAUGCAAGGAGGAUUAUAUGACUACAACUUUGAUGGCACAAUGCAGCUUCCGCAGUUGUUCAGUCCAGAAUCAGCUGUUGCACCAAACAAUAGUUGCUUGGCCACAUCCAUGAAUGCCAUGGACAUCCUUGAGUGCUCUCAAAACUUGUUGAGGCUCACCACUAAUGGCUGUGGACUGAAUCUUAUGCAACAACAGGGAGAGAGGUUCAGUGGUGAUUGGUCAUUCUUGGACAAGCUACUAGCAUCUCACCAUGCCAUGGAUCAUCAGCAUCAUCCACAAAGCAAAUGUAACCCUCCCACUCACCAAGCUGCAACUUCUGUUGCCACUUCAGCUCAGAAAUUCCCAUUCCAUUACCUUGGCUGUGACACCCAUGAUAUCAUGAAAUUUUCCAAGUAGGGUAUUUCAUUGCAUUCAUAUUGUCAUACUUAAUGUGAUGAGGUAAGAAAUAUUUUAUUCCUAAGUAUGUGUAAUAUGUAUCAUCUUGUUAGAUACUCAUUGAGAUUCCACUCAUUAAUUUAGUUGUUUCUUGAGUAUAAAUUGUA